AAGUUAAUUUUGUUUGCAGUUUCGGAUCUCUGGAACGGAAACACUCCCUGCAAUCUCAUCUCCUGCCACAUGGGGACAGUGUCACUUCAUCCAGUCGAAACCGGCGAAAAACGAUUUUGCAGGAAUUUGACCAGAAUGUAAACAUUGCUCCGGAGUUGGUAGGGAGAUUUAUCCAUUCUCAGAGCUGCCGGAUCACAAACCGUCAUGACUUCCAGCGGAGUGAAUCUGUUAAACUGACUGGACGUCGUUUAUUUAACCGUGUCCCGUUUUAGCUGCUUCCUGUUCGAUUCUCAUCAUGACCAAGGACAUCGUUCUUGGAGAUGAAUUACCUGACUGGGUCGGGGCGAAGGAGUUCUACCAGAAGUACGACCCCAAAGAGGUGAUCGGCCGGGGGGUGAGCAGCGUGGUGAGGCGGUGUGUGCACCGACACACCGGCCAGGAGCUGGCCGUGAAGAUCAUCGAGAUCACAGUCGAGAAGAUGACGGUCCAGCAGCUGGAGGAGGUGAAGAGCUCCACCCUGAAGGAGAUCCAGGUCCUCAACAUGGUGAAGGGCCAUUCCUCCAUCAUCACCCUGAUUGAUUCCUACGAGUCCACAACGUUCAUAUUUUUAGUGUUUGACCUAAUGAGGAGAGGAGAGCUGUUCGACUACCUCACAGAAAAAGUGACUCUGAGUGAGAAGGAGACCAGGAGCAUCAUGCGGGCGCUGCUGGAGGCGGUGCAGUACCUGCACUCCCUCAGCAUCGUCCACCGGGACCUGAAGCCGGAGAACAUCCUGCUGGACGAUCACGGACACAUCAAGCUGUCCGACUUCGGCUUCUCUGUGCAGCUGCAGCCUGGAGAGAAGCUCAGAGAGCUCUGUGGAACGCCUGGAUACCUGGCGCCUGAAAUACUGAAAUGCUCCAUGGAUGAGAUGCAUCCAGGCUACGGGAAGGAGGUGGACCUCUGGGCCUGCGGCGUCAUCCUCUUCACGCUGCUGGCCGGCUCGCCUCCGUUUUGGCACCGGAAGCAGAUGCUGAUGCUGAGGAUGAUCAUGGAGGGCCGGUACCAGUUCAGCUCCCCCGAGUGGGACGACAGAUCCGACACGGUGAAGGACCUGAUCUCCAGGCUGCUGGUGGUGGACCCGGCGGCCAGGCUCACCGCAGAGCAGGCGCUGGCUCACUCCUUCUUCAGGCUGUACCAGAAGGAAGACGUCCGUCUCUUCAGCCCCAGGAAGACGUUCAGGGUUCUGAUCGUGAGCGUUCUGGCCUGCAUCAGGAUGUACAGCCGGUACCGCCGGGCCCGACCUCUGACCCGGGAGGUUCUGGCCAGAGACCCGUACUCGCUCCGCGGCGUGCGGAAGCUCAUCGACGGCUGCGCCUUCCGGAUCUACGGCCACUGGGUGAAGAAGGGCGAGCAGCAGAACCGGGCCGCUCUGUUCCAGAACACGGCCAAGAUCGUCCUGCUGAGCCUGGAGGACUUUGAGACGUAGAGCCGCUGUAAAACCUGAGCCGUUGCUUUUAGUUUGUUUUUAUUUAACCGUGUGCAUGUUGCUGCCACGUCGUGUUACUGUCUAAUUCAGGGAUCAGGAAGUGCGACGCCUGAACGCAUCGCUGCGACUUCAAGAUGCAUCUGCUGAUGUUCCUUAUCUGUCUCGGUCCAAGAUUGUCACUGAAACGUUUUUUCUGUUCAGACUUCAUGCGAUGCACUUUGUAGAGGAGGACAUGUUGCACAAUCAUUUCCAUAACUACUCUGUAUGUUUAGACUUUUGCCUGCAGAAGGAAACUGGAAAUGAAAACAUUCAGAUGUUAUUUUUAUAGCCUGGUUAUUUUAACUCUUCCAGAGUUGCAUGUUGGUACUGUAGGUUACUGUAGUUGUGAUUCAGGCAUUCCUCAACAACGUAACCACUCACUGAUGGUAAAAGCUAGCAGCAGCAUUCCCGACUCUUUGCUUUGAUCAUUUCCAUUGAAGUGCCUGCUUCAGGAUCGUACUGUAUGUGAAUUCAAAUGUUUUACUGACAAUAAAACAGAUGUUUAGGUAGUUUAAUUUAACGUUG